AUGAUACAAAACAGUUACUAAUAUCAGGUUAGAAAAGUCUCUAGACGAAACGCAACAAAAGUUGAAAGAGCGAACAGAAUUUUCACGUAUAUUAAGCAAAUACCUAUGGGAGUAUUACAUUAAUAUUCGGACAUUGAUGAGUGCUAUGGGAUUAGCUUUACCUUUGAAUGACGAAAAUAGAUUAAUUAGUUUAACAUCAAUUGAGGAGGAAAAAGGAAAUCCUAAAUCAACUGAAUCACGUCUAUCAGAUAGCUAUUAUGCUGAAGAUUUAGGAAAAUUUUUUUCAACCGAUUCUUUGAUUGAACCAAUAGAAUGGCCAAAGGAUAAAUAUACAACACUUCUUACUCUCUCAACAAAAGUGAAUCUUAGUAAAGUUUGCGAUAUGAUUAGACGAACGCCUCAGGACGCCGAGAAUCUUGCAAAGAAAUAUCAAGAAGAGAGUAAAUCAAACAGAGAAAAAUAUCAUAAAUAUCGUAAAUCCUACCAAGAGUCAAAGGACAAAAUCGCGUUUCGAAACUUUAAGAAUGGCGACCUUGCACUAUUUUUGCCUACUCGAAAUUCAACAGCAAAACCUUGGGCUGCUUUUAACAUUAAUUGUCCGCAUUACUUUUUACGCGCUACUGAAUCGAUAAUUCGUAAUAAAGAUUGGAUUGUCGCGCGAAUUGUGGAUAUUUCUGAACAUAUAGUUGAUAUAAAGGUUUGUUUAAUUAUUGAUUAUUUCACGUAUUAAUUCAAAGGUUUAAAUUCUAAGCUUGAAAUUAAUAAUUUGCAUAGAAUCCGGAAACAAAUCCCUAUGAAUUACCAGAUGGUGUUAAAUA